UACACAGUUGCGGUUGUGCUGUCAAAGGUUACUCAUGAGUUUACAGCCUUCCUUAUGAAUUUAGAUGCAGUUUUAGGGAAGAUUUUAUGGAGAAAAGUUUAGAAGCAGUUGGAGGAAUGAAAAGUUUAGCUGCUUCUUUCUCCUUGAGGGAGGAACGUUGUCAAGGUAUGUCCUGUCAACCGGUUCGAUAGUAGGAAAGUUUGAGACGGAGACGAAGGUCUACGUUGUGCUCGCCAACCUGGCAGUGUUUUUGUUCAUCUUGAUGUAAGCUUUGAAAUAUUAAUAGACAAGCAUCCGUAGAUCACUUUGAGGGUUAGCGGGUUUCAGCCAUAAUUAGUGCGCAGAAGAAAGUUGUUAAUUUCAUCGCAUCCUUCCCCUGACUUUUCUCCCCGGCGCGGCCAUUAACUCGGUAGACUUGUACUUAAGACUGGAUUUGGGACAUGACCUAGUACGGCGGAAUCUAAGCCAAUAUUGAGCUCAGUUACAUUUUCAAAUUUUCAGGGCCCAUUUACUCUCGUUACAUACUGAAGGUUUAACUGUUGACUUCGUUUUGUUGGGUUUUAACUUGUGCAAGAAGCCGGUCUCCUGUUGAGCUUCGCAUUGAGCAUACUAGUAUUUUAUUUUCGCGAAGCAAACCGAGCUGCAAUAGUGUGAAAACUUUGCAUGCGCGUGAUGGCUGCUGAAACAACUGGCCUUUGGUACCGAUUUUUGCAGUCAGAACUAAUUGAGCGAUGCUUUUAUUCCGAAGCUUUUCGUCUUUGGUGAAAAGUUUUGAAUUGAAUAAUAACAAUUGAUAUUGAAAAGAAACACAGCGUGAAAGUCGCUCCAAAUCAACAUUGAUCCUUAACGUUAAUUAUGCAUUUGUAAUAAACCACAGAUUGUGGUUUCUUGGGCAAUAUGCUGAGAACCUUAUACGGUUAUCAUUGCAGCUUGAUUUUAUUUUCAUAUCUACUUCUAGGCAUAACAUCCGUACUCCAUGGAAAAAUAAAGUUGGAUUCGUGUUAGGCGGACGAGAAUCAUGUCUCAAUAUCCUCGAAAAGACGGCUCGGCCUCCGGAAGAACUAUUCCACAUACAAGAAUUGAGGACGAAAGACAGAUAGAGGACAUCUACGAAUUUGGAGAAAUUCUUGGUAAGGGAAGCUUUGGCGUUGUUAAGGAAGCCACCAACAGAGCAACGGGUCGUAGAUGGGCCAUCAAAGCCGUGAACAAGGAAAAGGUAAGAAAUUGAUAUCGUUUAAACUUAACAUCAAGUGCGGCGGAACUCAAGCUUGUUGAAAAGCAACCAUUGAGUUGAACAAGAAAUUGUUUUUUUUAAGUCGAAAAUUCUGUAAGAAUGUAUUUGGUUGAUUCUUGAUAGUCUGUAGAACUUGGAAGACAUUUAAUAUUAAAGCUGUCUGUCAAGUCCCCAAUAUCUUAAUCAUGGCUUCAUAUCAAGGGUAUUGUUUUUAAGCUCUUUAGGUAAUGCUGUUAGGCACUUAGGUUUCCGCUAUAUGCGUCCUGUUCGUGAAUUAAUAACAUGUGAUAUUUGUGCUGGUAAGGCUGACAAAUUGAACUAUGCCAUAUUUCUUAAGCCAAGUAACAAAUGAUGUAUUAGUCAACCCAAUUUUGAUAAUAACCUAUUUUUCCAAGCUCAGCAGCUAUUUUUAGUGUGAAUGCAUGUGGUAUCACAGCUGAAAAUUAUUUUAGCUUUCACCUUUUUUAAACUCAUAAUUGCACUUACGUCAUCUAGUAAUUUAUCAUCGUAGUUAUCGACCCUAAAAAGAGGUCUUUAUUGUUAACACUUGACUUGGACUGUGCAAGAAUCUUUUCAAUAUGUUCUUUGUUUUGAACUUCCUACUGUGAUUUUUCUUUACCCCUUGGCAUGUUACUGAUAAAAAUUUGUUUUAGAAGGGAGUAGAAGUCUGUAUCUUAGUCAAGACUAGUUUGUAAUGGUUAAAAUGCUUAAUAUUAAUGGUGCAUUGCCAUAGAGACAGAACUGUUAUUAAUUUAUUGUCUCUUUCUUCUGGCUCGCAUACUAGAAGCUUCCUGAUUACUUGUAGUCAAGGUUACCAUAGUAUUUAGUAGAUAUCCAUUGUAACUGUUAAGAAUUGUAUUAUAUAUUUCGGGCAUUGUUUCAGUAACUAAACAUUUCUUAAAUUAUCCAUCUCUUUUCUGUGAGCUUCCAGUUUCCUUGUUGCUUAAAGGCAGUAUUUGAUAGUCUGUCAAAUUGUAUUAGUAAUGAUUAUAAUGGAUGGCACAAGGGAAAAAAUGCCACAUACCCCCUGUAGGCUGAUCAACAUGUCCAUUCUUAAUAAUAAUAUUAACGUCAAUAUUGAAAUUUUGAUUUAUGGGAUUUUUAGUUAGGUCAAAUAAUAUGCUGUUUGUUUUACUUGGGUGACAGUUCCUUACAAACAUUAAAAUGUAAUAAGGUGGUUAACAUUGAUGUUUUUAAUGCCAUUUGCACAAGACAAACAUAGUCAACCUUCUAUUCAGUGGUUACCCUCGGCAAGUAGUCAGGUGACUGCAUAAUAGAGGUUAAACCUCUAUCGUGACCAUUAUGAAGAGGCCUAACUUGCACUGUGGUCGCCAACUGGCUCAGAGCCUUGUAGGCAUCGUUCGUUGACCAUUUGUUUUAUCAGCCUGGGCAUCCAUUGUUUACUGUUGUGUCAAGAUGUCACACCAUUAUCUAACUAAGUGACCUACAAUAAGAGGCAAAAUACAAUAAAAUAACCCAGUCUACAGGGUAACUGCAUAUGCCUAAUAGAAGUGACUGGUCAAUAGUCAUCAUUUUUACAGUUAAUGUGGGAAGCACAUUGUGGGAAAUAGACCAUUUUCGAUAUAUUUAAAUUCAUACUCGGCUUCAAUGCUUGGGGGAAUAAAAAAAAGAAAUGUAUUUAUUCAUUAUUGAGCCUCAAGAUGAUUUCUUUUCUGUUAUUCUGCCAAGUCUCACAGCCAAGUAUGAAUUUUAAUAUAUGGGAAUUGGUCUCUUUUCUUCGGCUAAGGUAGUAUGCAGAAUUCAUGUCCGCAAAGAAUCCUGUGACAGAAGCUUUAUCAGCAAAGAAUUGAUUACUUCCUUCAAACCUUUCAUAGGCAACUUUCGUAGUCCUUAGCAAUCAUUAAGUGAUCAGCUUGGCAGAUUCCCAGUGGACAACAGUAUCAGCAAAUCACUUUAGACAGAAGCUGUAUUAAGCAGCAAACCAUUGCCUUGUGAAAGAUUGUUAAGUUAUGUCAACUGUAAGUGUGAACAUUUGAUAUCCUGUGAGGAAAGUUAAGUUAAACGGUUUCCAAACUCAGUCAGAUUUUUUAUAAUAAAUAUAUUUUAAUAAAAAAACUUUCCAAGUUGAAAUCUGGAAAAUUUUUGGAUUUGUAAAUGUUUUUUUUUUCCUUUUGUUUCCCAAUUCCGUGCAUUAGUCAACCUAAGAAAGGGAAUAUUAGGGAGUUAAAAUCUAAAAAAUUUCCCAGAAGAGCAUGCCCACAGAUCCCCCUAGAAGUUUGUGCUCAUUUAGGAAAUCAGUCAGUAUUUAUCCUAGAUCUGUGCCUGAAUAUUGAACUUGAUUUUGCUCAUUCCUUUCUUAGGCUGGUACCUCUGCAGUUAGACUCUUAGAGCGAGAAGUUUUAAUCAUGAAAAAGAUUGACCAUGAGCAUUUAAUUCAUUUAGAAGAGAUCUAUGAAACGUCAAAGGUAAGUACUCCUGUUGUAACUUUGUAAAAAAAAAAAUCAAAUAAUAUUAUUGCUAUGUUAAGAGUACAGUAUGUGUAGUAGGGUACUUAGGUAAAUUUUGGCCUGAUCUGAAAUAGCUUUGCAUGAAUGGGCUCCAAAGUUUGUUUGGAAGGCACUGAAGUUGAUGGCAAAAGUUAUUUUGAUGUUGCCACUUUUGUUAAGAGUUUUGGGUGAUUUUCACUAUUAGGUCAUAGUAAAAUGAAAAACCUAAAAAGAUCGAAAUCAGAUUUUAUGUCUUAAGUCAUCUCACAUUGAAAACAUCAAACUUACCAUCAUAUGGCUGUUAAGCUUAUUCACGAUCCAUUUGUCCAAUGCUAUCUGACAUACUGUAGAGUUAUGUUCUAUUGGGAUCAACCAUUUUAACCAAAACCAGUUUUAACUUGGUUUUGCAUGGAACACUUUUUCAACAUGGUUCUGUCUGAGUAUUUUUUAACCCCAGACUACUUUGAUGCACAUGCAAACAGUUCAUGUACUGAAACAAUGGUCCAAAGUGUAAACAUCGAUGCCUGCUAACAGAACAGCCAAGGUCUGAACUGGUUGUAAAAGUUAAUUGAUCAAGCUGAUUGAAAAGUCCAUUUGAAUUACUGGAUCUUAUUGUUAGGUGUAGUUAACAACUGCAUCACUUAGUGGAGGUGGGUACCCGGGAUGACCGGGGGCUUCCACUUUUGACACAGCCAGUCCCUAGACAGAGUUACGCCCCCAUCCUGCCCUCCAGCCAUGAGCUCCCAUACCAUUGGAACCAGGCACAUGUCACACUGAUUUAUCAGUGGAAAAAUAAAGGGAGCGAGAGAUGCGGGUAAAAGAAUGAUCUAAAGGCUAAACAAAGAGAGUGAUCCGCCAGGAAAACGCUGUACUGAACACGUGGAGAUGAAGCAAGCAAGGCUGACCACUUUUGAGCCAAACCACUGACCGCUGACUACACCCACGCUCCUCGUUGUUAACUGUGUUAAAUAAAUUUAAGUUCAUUAAAUGGUUUAAAUGGUACAUAUGAAGCCACACGACAUCAUACGCGGCUAAUGCAUAUGGUGUUCCAUGCAGUAUACUUUUAAAUUUUUAAUUUAUAGGCAUACAUUUGUUUACAUUUUCAGCGUAUGUAUUUGGUAAUGGAACUUUGUGAUGCUGGUGGUGUACAAAAGCUCUUAGAACAAAAGAAACAGUUUUCAGAAAAGGUUUGUAUUCUGGACUAAUAUAUUUAACACUGAGGUUAUGUUGUUGUUUAAUUUUAUCCUUGUUUUAAAAUUUAGAGCAGUAUUUUUUGCUUUCCAACUCAUUAUCAGUAAAUUACCAUACCCCCAAAAAAUAAAAUAAAAUAAAAUUCACACCAAGGAUAAUCACUAUUUCAAAUCUGUUUUAUUUUUGUUUGGUUAACUUUGUUAUGUUAAGUGUGGCUCUAGCUAAUGUUGUUCAUAAACUUUCAACAGUUAAAAAGCAAGUUUGAAACCUUUAAUUGUUUUAAAUUUUAUUAUUAGCAAUAGUUACAUUUUCAAACUUCUUCAUACUAAUUUUCUAAUGAUAUCACUGUUUAAAUUUCAGGAAACUUGGACAGUGAUAAAACAGUUGGCACAUGCUGUGGCAUACCUUCAUGAUUCUGGUAAUUGUUAUUUACCAACCAGGUUCUUGGUCUUAAUGUAAUUUAAUAUCACUCGUCUUAUGAUUUAGCUUUAUUCUUAUGGCAUAGAUCAUUAUUUUUAUGCCCCAAGUUGACUAAAGCCCCACGAAAAAGGAAACAAUAGUGCACUUACAUGUACCUGUAAAAUCACAACAGUUACAACAUUGAAUUCAGAGAGUGCAGGCAACUUGUGCAAAAAAGGUAGUGUGUCCAAGUAUACAUCUAACUGUUGUUUUUUAAAAACAUCUUUUAGAUAUAGUUCACAGAGAUUUAAAAUUGGAAAAUAUUCUUCUCAGUCAACCUGUUGGAAAUGAACUGCUCAAUAUUAAGGUGAGGAUAUUAUAAAAUUGUUACUGUUAGGCAAUACAUGCAUCUCCUGAAAUAGAGAAAAGCAAAAACGUAUAUGGUUAGAUUUGUUUUGAUGUCUUAUCAGGCCAUUAUGUAAUCAGUUAGGCUAGUCAGUGUAUAUGACCUUGUUCACAUGUUUUUGUGAAGUCACAUUGUCAUUCAGUACCACUUUAGUCCUGGACCCUGAAGAUAAGAACCUAAUUUUUGAGCUUAGUACUGCUGAAGCGGAGCAAAUGAAAAUAUGCCAUUGUUGUUUAACCAGUUAUAAUUUUGGUCAAUCCUUUGAUCAUGUUACAGAGUUUGAUGAUCUCAAUAAGAGCCAGUGGUUGGCGAAAUCCACUGGCUAUUUACAUGAACUUGCCACAAACUUUUCUUUGGAAAUUACCCCCUAAAGCCAAAAUUUGAUGAUGUUUGUGUUCUGUUCAUACACUCUAAUUUUUGCUCCAGAAUGCUGGAAAUGAGGCCCAGAUUUUUCCAGGGGGCAUACCUCUGGACUCCCCCUGGUACUUUGUGCUUUCAGUGCUUGCAAAUUGCAUCUGUUGCACAGGUUUUUUCUUUCUCCGCCGUACUCCAAAGCUAUUGCCACCUACUUAAAGCCUUAUUGAAAACUCUGCAUUAGGUAUAGUUAUUUUAGAAAUGAUCGAACGGAAAGGACUGGUGCUUGUGGAGGUUGUUUCAGAUCUGCAUGUGCCAUUGUUGCUGCUGCUGUGUUUUCUUUGUAAAACUGCCUCCUUACUAAAUAGCUCUUUUUACCUCAUUUCUUUUCAGGGUGUGAUCUUAACCAUUUAAGCCAUCCACAUACAACUUCCCCAGACUAAGCUCCAUAGUUUUCCUUAAAGUAUUAGAUGGGAGAAUUUGAUACAAGAUCAAUUUCCUUUUGCUGAUCAUCUUACCAGUUCUCAUAACCUUUUCUCUCAGAUUAUGCAUUGAUAUUGUUCUGAGAAAAUUGAUGUUGUUCACUCUUGGGACUUGCUUGUACAGUUAAACACUUAUCAAAUGAACCAAGACCCUGACAGUUUGUUGGCUUUUUAGACAAAGGAAAUUCAGAGUCUAUGAACUGAUGUGAUGUUGACAACAACAUGUUACUAAAAGUGUUUUAAUUUGUUUGUACAUCAUUACUUUCUUGAACAGCUCACAGAUUUUGGCCUUUCAUAUGUGAGAGGUGGUGUUGGUAGUGACUCCAUGAUGCAAAGUGUUUGUGGCACUCCAAUUUAUAUGGGUAGGCAAUAAAUUGUUUGAAAUCCUUUGUCAGUAUGUAGGAUUUUCAAUGUUUCAAGAAUUUGACAAAAUUGACUCUUCUUCAUUUAUUGUAUAUUCUUGUUUUCCAUCUCUUCUUGCAUCACUUGAAAAAAAAGAGUGCUUAAAACCCGUUCCAGUUAGGUUUCUCUCUCAGCGUGUUCAGUCAUAAUAGAUUUAACCUGUUCAAUUUGUUUAUUCAUGAAUUCCAAUUUUGUGCACUUUCAUAAGAUUGAUUAAAGGUAAAAGAUAAGCAAGAUAAGCAAUAAGUACCCGUUAGACUAAUAUUGGGUGCUGAGAUUUGUUUUAUCUAAGUAUGUUACUUAUCCUUUUUUCUUGUGUCAUAGCUCCAGAGGUGAUAGAUGACCUCGGUUACAGUCAACAGUGUGAUAUUUGGAGUUUAGGUGUAAUAAUGUAUAUUCUGUAAGUUUGUUUUUCUGAGCUUCCAGAUUUACACUAUUUUUACAGUCAACUCUCUCUUAAUGUACCAUCUAUUUGACCGAUAUGUCCCUCCCUGGAUUAUUUAGAGCUGUUUACAUGGAGGGAGGAAGAUCCUAUCACUAGGACGAUCCUAGAAGGUGGAUCAUCCUAGUGCCAUAUAUGUUUUCUGAAUUUGAUUUACAUGCAAAGGGUUGUACUUGUUGCUAGUGCUAGGAUCUUCCUAGUACUAGGUUCUUCCUCUCUGAGUUGAGUACUAGGACUACUACUAAUACUAGGAAGAUCCUAGCGUCAGGCGAACUACCCUUGCUUGGAAGAUCCUAGUACUAGCAACAGUCAAAAAUGGCAGUGGGUCGUUGAGUGGCUAAUCUCAACAAUGAAGGCCACCAUACCGCGAGCUGAUUGUUGUGAUAAUCGUGCUGAAAGGUACUUAUUAAAGCCAUAAACAGAGCAGAAGGGCCCAAAUUGCAUUUUUGUUUUUGACACCCACCAUUUUUUAAUUUCUUCUUGAGCCUUCUCUACCUGGGCAUGACAUAGACCAAAAUUUUGGCUUGUAAACCCAAGGUAAAGUUGUUCCGCCUUCUAGGAUCUUCCUCCAGGUAAACAGCCCCUUAGAGUUGUUCCCAUCUGUUCCUUUGUCAUAGUGCCUUUGCAGCUCAGGGUUAUGUACUUGUGUCCUGCCAAAAGUACGGGAUACGACCCUACAAUACUACCGGAGACUGAAAGAACAAAGAACAAAACAAAUAGUGGGUCUGCCAAUUUUUAGGUUUCACAUUCUUCACGGUGCAAUUUUAUGGUGUUGGUGAUUUAUGUAACUGAGAAAAUGUUAUAUGCAUCAGUGGAAAAUGUGCAGUCUAGCAUUUUUUCCAUACUAAUCUUUCGAAUUUUGCAGACGUCCAACAUCCCAUGAAAUCUUAGUCUUUUGGUUAAUCAACAAAAAUUUGGCUUUCUGGCAAAUUUGCUCUUGCCCUUUUCAUCUCUGGUGUUGUUUACAUCUUGGUUGUAUCCCAUAUUUUUCAUGUGACUGCGAACUGCAAAGGGCCUAUAAAUAAAUUUUUCUACUUUUAUCAUCAUUGUCCUUUGGCUUGCUACACUCUGUACCAAUCUCCCAGCCCUUGUAGUCCUUCAUGGCAGAUUCCAGAUCUGAUACUCCAGUUCCUCAUCCCAAGACAAAAGCGAGAAGACGGGGAAUGUUUAAUAUGGCAGACACCUCUUGAAGAAUAUUGGUGUCUUUCAUUUAAGCAGCCCUCCAAGUUGUGACCAUUUUGGUUGCCAUGGCGCCUAAAAUUUUGGAGCUGACAUCUUGAUUUGUAAAAAAGUCUGCCUAAACCAAAACAGUUGGUGGCUAAAUGGCAACGGAGCUAAAACUUUAACUUGGAGGGUUGUUAAGUGAUGGUGUGACAACAUAAUUUUUUCAACAUGCAUUCAUUUUGUAAUCUGAGUGCAAAUUCACCCGGUAUGUAGUAUGAUCAUGUUUUAGUGAUCAGUGGUUCUAUAACUCACUUCUUGUCUUGUCCACAGUUUAACAGGGAGACCACCAUUUGUGGCAGAAACUGAAGAAAAGCUUUAUGAGUUAAUUAAAAAGGGUGAAGUGGAUUUUUCUGACCCUUGUUGGGAAAACAUUCAAGAGUCUGGUAAGAUUAUUGUAGGCGUGCAGUCAUAUGAUAAACCAUAAGAUUGAAUUAUUUCAUUUGAAAACAUGUCAAGACUGGUAUUUCCUUGAAUUCUUCAGUUGUUGAGUUUUGAAUUGUUAAAUUCACAGCUAAGAACUUUCUUCUUGGAAUGCUCAAAGUUGAUCCAGCUUACAGGCGCACAGCAAAAGAAAUCUUGAACCAUCCCUGGAUUACAGUAAGUGCUGUAGUACUCGGCUAAUUUGGUAUCAUAAUUGUCUUGUGGGUUUUCUCUCUUCUGGUUCAAAGAAAACGUAGAUUGAGAGUCUUCACUUGAGUCCUUAACACUCAAAACUUGGUUCGUUUGACACAAUCUUAAAUGAAUCAAUACUCAACAAGAAACUCUGAAUCCUAUUGAUCUCAUCCUUUUAGAACUAAUGAAAAUAUAUUUUCUAUACUUUUUCAAGGACCUAAAAUACGUAACUUAUUACAGAUUGAAAUCAAGGUGGCUUCAAGCUUUUAUACCUUCAAAUGCCUCAUAAAAACAUUUCUUACAAACAAGCAAAAUAAUUGAACAAUGCCUUGUCUUUGCAAUACUUACUCAUAUAGUUAAGGUUCUAUUUACGUGCAUUACUCUGAGAUUAUCUAUGUUACCUAUGAAGAGACCUUGAUCCUCUUAUAACCUUUAUUAUAGCUUCUUAACGAUCUCGACUAUUUUACCUGUAAGUACUUUACAAUACCCCAUCAAACUAUUUUAAUUUUCUUUGGAUGCUAUUUGAAAUAUCUAUUAAUUAUGCUAAAACACAUCUAGUAUGCCUUUGUACCGAAAUCCAAGACUAUUUUGAAAGAGUUGUUUUUAGCCCUAAUUUUUUUGGUUAUCCCAGUCAAUGCAUAACUGUUAGCCUAAAGGAUUAGCAAGUUGCAGUUUGAACCAAGAACAUCGUACUGCUGAGUACUAAAAGUAUUUUUGUAACAGGUUUAAGUGAAUUUCUCUUACAAAUGGCUUUGGUUAGUUUUGAAAAAUUAAUGUCUUCUCUUGAAUGCUUUUACAGUGGACAGUAGGUCAACGUAAUAGAUUAACUGUUUUCGUUUUUCAAUUGGCCUAUUUUUAGGGUGAUUCCGAAGCCUCUGAAACGUCAAAUGUUCUUGAAUUGAUGAAAAUGUACAGAGAAGAACUCAGACAAGUAAGUAUACUGCUCAACUUGACCAUUAUUAUUGGUUUAUAUUAUAUUUUUGGUGUAUUAUUUGUCGGUUUUACGCAGUUUAAAUUCAAGUGACCUCUGUUUGAAAGUUUUACAACUCCUUGAGGAUUGCUGCCCUUUCUAAUGGUCUUUUAAUAAUCUAUAUUUUAUCAUUAUAUAACAUUACGGAGCAAGAAGUGGCGCAGUUGGUUAGUGCGCAGCCUUCAGUGCGCGAGGUCCCAAGUUUGAUCCCUCAUAGCAUCACGUCCUUGCCUCAACUUCUCUCCUCUUUGUGUAGCUUUGACAAGCUUUAAAUAGUGUUGAAACGGAGCAUUGAUGGAGAGAGGGUGGGGGGGGGGGGGUAAAUUGAGCGUGUAGUCCACCUCAAGUUUAUCACGCAGUUAUUACUGUUAGAGUUAUCGAAGUAAAAAUACAGUUGCUUUUAGUUACCUUUUACCUUCAUUACAGGGAUCGGAAAAUCAAGAACAGGAGGCCAAUAAUAAUAUUAGUGAAAUGGAGGAUGGCCUAGCCUCAUCUCCAGGGGCUUCCUCCGACAGUCCUAAAGAGGUAGGGAACCUAAACAGACCAGUGUUGGAAGGGGAAGAGGGGAUUCCGCGUCUAAAGAAAGCAUAGUGGAGCAUUGGGAGAGGGAGGGGAGGAGUGGGGGGGGGAAUAGAAUUUGUAUGUGAAUAAAUAAUUAUUUGAAAGUUUUAUAUAUUCACUUUCAUGUCUUCAUCUUCUGCGGGUACAAGUGUAUUACGAAUUCACUCAAAGUAACCAGCUCUGAGUUGACUUCGUAGCUCAGUAAUAGACCACUGCACUGGUAUCGCGUAGGUUGUGGGUUCGAAUCCCGUUCAAGCUAGAACGUUUUUCAGGCUUUCUUUUCGCAAUUGCUUUUGUUGUGUACUUAACUGCGAUGGUCUUUCUCGUGUCAAAGAAACUUUCUUUAUCAAGUUAGGUUAAAAGGUUCGAAAUAAUGGUCACUGUUAAGGAAUUCCCAUAUCCAUAGUACUGAGCAAUAGCUUCAUUUCUUUGAAAGGCCUAGUAUUAGCGAUCAUGAACAAUAAUUGAUGUCUAUGUCAGCGAUCUCUGUCCCACCCAUGACUGGGCGGGGUUGGAUACGACUACAGAAGUGUCGUCUCUAAAUGUUUGCUACAGUCGCUGAACCUUUAUUUCCUGCCAUGAAAGAUUUUGUUACGAUGGUAUGGAAACCAGCCUUUUUUGAUAUUACAAAGUAUGUGUAUACACCAACGGGUUUAUAUUUGCGUGCGCAAUGUGACGAGUUUCAAAGAUGAGGUUAGUGGAGGGAAUGCAGGGCUUAGUUCAGUGUAUAAAAUCUCUAAGAUAGUACACGCGUUGUGGUUGGUUAAAAACCUAUGAUUUAUUGUGCCGGUAAACUCAUAGAAAACUCAGUUUUACUUUAAGUUAUUUUAUCAAAGCCUUCUGCUUCGGCUUGUGAUUUACAAGCUUUUCUCGUGUUCUCCCAACAUCCCGCGUGGGUUAUCACGCCGGUAAACCCAUAGAAAGUGUGGUCUAUUGCUUAAGUACCAAAGACAAAUUACGUUGAAUGGUGAACAAAUAUUUAUCCGGAUUUUUUUCUUACUUUGAUAUAGCAUGAGCUGCGAGUUUAAUGAGCGGCUUUAAACACGUUCCUGUAGUCUCCUAUUGUUACAAUAUUUUGUCGUAACAAGAAUCUCUUUUUAUUUUCUUCAGUAAUUUUAAGUGAGUUUUUGAAUUUUUCUGCAGGAUCUUGACAGGAAACAGAGUAACUCUAGUAACUCUGGAAAAGCUGGCUCCACUCCUAGGAAGUCCAUUCCAUCAAGUAACAGGAAAUCGGUAUGUAUGAUAUCAUUUCCAUCUGUGUUUGUAACUAAUGCCCCAUUCACACAAACUAAACGUGUUCAAAGAGAAACUAGACAGAAUAAUGACCUUACGUUGCCUCGGUAUAGGCUGGCUACUGGCCAAGACUUUCACCUACCGUGGGGCAAAACUGUACAGUAGUAUAGCUAAAGAUAUAAGAGAUACGGGAAAUCUUCACAUGUAUGUUAUUAAACCAGGUUUUUUUUUAAAAGAUGAAAAACAAACAUGGCAUACUGGAACACAGGGUUUCACACAGGGUUCAAAUGAAACUCAACACGUUUUGUGAUUUUUAACUAAAUUUGCAAUCACUUUAAGUUAGUUAGCAGCUUUUAUGAAGGAAAGAAAAUUCAAACCGUGUUAAACUAAACAGCUUUUAAACUUGUUUGAGCUUCGGUGUGAAUGGAGGUUAAGUCAUAGCUCCUCCCAUAUCUUUGGCUUUCUUCGUCAUAUAAGCCCCCCGAGGUUUGAACUCAAUCUCCACUCCUGCAAGUGUGAUAAAAAAGCAAUUCGCAGCACAAAUGCUUUUUGAUCAACUUCGAAAAUACAAAAGGAAGUGCAAAUGUACGUGUAAAUGGUCUACAAGUGCAAUGUAGUAGCUUGUGAGGACGCCUAUAAGACGCAAAACAUGGCGCGAAGCCCCAACACAAGAGCCUGCUCGCAGAUUAUUUAUUUAACGCGGCAAUUUAUCCAGUUAUGUUUCUAAUCUGUUUAUUUGCCCAUAGUCAAAUCAGACCCCCUCUCGCCGAGGAAACACAACCAAUCAAAUGAUGCCUUCAUCACCCGGUGCACGUGAUGCCCACAGCCCAUCCAGAGCACGUGACUCGCCUUCCAGCAGUAAUAGGUCGGUGCCAGGCUACAUGCAACCAACAAAAAGCUCGGUAGCGUCAAAAGGGCCUGGAACCCCAAGAAGUAGGAAGGUAUCGGACAAGAAAAGAUGAUGUAGGCGGAAAUUCAAUAGAGAAUAUUUUUUGUGAUUCAGACAAUAAUUUUUUUACUUUACAAUUUAAGAAUUCAUUGUAUAAAUGUUAAGAGCAGUUAGCCAUUUUAUUGGCUUCCAGUUGCGCUCUUUUUCACACUCCCAGAUCCCAAAUUCAACGUUAACGGUCUCACAGCCGUACUUUAGGUCAGCCUUCGACAAUUUUAAGAUCGAAUGACGGAGUGUUCGCUCUUGAUAACGAUGGUUAAUUCCCUCAAUGGCAGACACCUUACCUUGGGCACCUGAUUUGUUGUCUCCAAUAGUUUCAGUCAGAAGUAGUGGCAGUUAUUUGCAGUAAUUUGUAUCCAUUUCUAUCCGCAAUUUUUCAGCAAGGUUUCUGCAUCAAGGAGGGGGUUGGCCAUAAAGGGUUUAGAAUUUUUAGAGAUCAGAAAUUUAAGGUGUAUGUUGGAUGAUAUCGCAAGGGAAACAGACGUUGGAGUUUUCUACAGUUUUUCUGGUCCUUUAGCGAUAAUAAUAUUUCAUUUUCUUUCACUGUGCUCCUUUCCUUUUCGAUUUAUUCAACCCUUUCAAUCUCAAAAGUUUCCACAGUCAUAACGAAUUGCAAAAACAGUUCCAAAGUUUGUUUUGGAAAAAACUAAGAAACGAAUGGUACCUUGUGAUAGCACUCUCCAAGAGGUUUCUUUUGAAUGGUUGCAUCAAGGAAAGUAAAACCGUUCAACGAUUGUGUCUCCACAGUUGACGGUUUGAGCUAAGGGUUAAUAAAUAGUGCUAAGGCUAUGCGUAUUCCUCAAAUUCUGCGUAAAUUGUUAGACUACAGUCCACACUUUGAAAGUAAACGUCGUAGUGGGAAUAUUAUAUAUACGGUGGCGGGUCCUUCAGAUAAGGUCGGGGGGAGGAGGAGCGGUCAUCCAGACCCUGAGAUAAGUGGGGGGGGGAGCGG